GGCGAUAAAGACCCAAGGGCCAAUUAUCAACCCUGGACUAUGCAGAUGUUGUAGGUCCAUCAAGAAAUGUAGACUGCUGACUGCCGAAUAUGAGUGGACAGGACAAAAAGAAGUCUAUUCGGAUAUGUUUAUGGAUUGUUUCGGGCUUUUGCUCUCUCAUCUGGAUGGUGAAUGCAAGGAAUCUUGCAUUUGUGCAACUUGUGUUGUACGUCUGCGGGAUGCAUGCGCAUUUCGUGAACAGGUCCUGAGGUGUGAACAGGAGUUCCUACAAGCUAGGGAUAGAGGUGAAGCCGAGACAAAAGUGGAAGUGGAAGUGAAGACUGAGCCAUGUGGUAGUGACUCAGACGGAGGAGAUGACCGGGACGAUAUGGAUGAUUUGCCCCUCAACUGCAUCAUGUCUCGAUCAACUCCCAAAAAGGAACGGUCACCGGCCAACGACCCUUCAACAACUUCGGAGAAACUCCGCGAGAAACUCUCCCGAGAGAAACUGCCUCGCAAAAGCAAGCAGAAGAUCAAAGCUAAGCGUGAAUUGUUGACUGAAAUGCAGCGACUUCAGGGAAAAUUGGACAGAAUGCUUAAUAAACCAGUUCUCCCGACUCCAAAGAAAACAAAACAGAUAAAGAAAAAGGACCCCGAACUCUACCACGACGACAUGGUUUACAAAAACGCCAUUACAAUUGCACACAAUUCUUAUGUAUGUCCUUUCCACAACCGAAUAAGCAAUUAUUAUUGCUAUUAUUGUAAAGAUCAAUUCACAAGUCCAGUGGAAUUAAGAGAGCACACGUUAACGCACGAUCCGAAGCAGUGGUUCGAAGAGAUGAUGGAAAAUAAGAAAAUACCUAAAGUAGAUAUAACACGGAUUGACUGCAGGCUUUGCGAGGAAAAAAUCAACGAUUUGACGAAUUUGAAGACACAUUUAUGCGAAAGUCAUGGAUUGAAGUUGUAUCCGGUUUCAAAUGAGUUCUUAACUUUCAAGUUAUCGCUGGAUAAUUGUGUGUGCACAGAAUGCGGAACAUCCUUUCCCUAUUUUGAUAUGUUAAAAAAACACAUGGUGGAACAUUUUGGAUCGUACAUUUGUGACCAGUGUGGUGCAUGCUUUUUAGAACAAAAUUCCCUACGGACUCACAUAAAAAGUCAUAGCAAAACCGAAUCAUUAUUCCCGUGUGAAAUAUGUGGUAAAAAUCUUAAAUCUAAAUACAGCCGUUACAUGCAUAUUGCAACGGUGCACGAAAAGAAGCCUACAGUAAAUUGUUAUAAGUGCGAAGCUAGUUUUCUGUCUUACGCUUUGAGAAAUAGACAUUUGAUUGAAGUGCACGGUGAUAAACGAACGUUCCCUUGUAAAUUGUGUGAUAAAGUUUAUAACAGACGGAAAACACUUAUGGAGCAUAACCGAAGGAAUCAUUUAAAAGUAUUCCGACACCAAUGUGAUUUAUGUGACCAACGUUUCUAUCUACCCAGUCGCUUAAAGGAACACAUGGCAACUCAUACGGGAGAGAGAAACUUCAGGUGUGAAUUCUGUGACAAGAGCUAUCCACGGUUGCAAUCAUUGCAGGAACAUAUACGGUCUCAUAGCAACGAGAGACGGUUCAAGUGUGAUAUUUGCAACUCUGCAUUCACACAGAAUGGGAGUUUGAAGAAUCAUAUCAAAAGUCAUCAUCAAGGGUAUGAGAUUGAGGGUGGGUAUAAUUAAAUUAAGGUCAUAUUUGUUUGUGACCUUUACUACUACUAAAUACCAUAGUGUUCCCAGAAGUCUUCAGUAAAUGCCAAGAGAUUGCUGAGAUUCCUGCAGGAGUUUGGGUGGUGUGAGUAA